AUGGCGAUGGGUCGAGGGAGGCGCUUACUGCGCCGCUUGCUCCCGCCGUGUGUGUGCGUGUUGAUCCCCAUCGUGCUGUGGGCGUCGUCGAGUGGCAGAGGCGCCAACGGGGUCGGCACCUACGACCAGGCGCUUAGCUCGGCGGUUGGGGGCGUCGUCGACCCGUUCUCGCGCGCGCCGGCCGUCACAGGGGGUUCUGGGCAAGGUCAAAGGGAUGUCGUCGACGGGAAGCCGCUCGUCGCGGUGUACUUUACGGGCCAGGCCAGGUCGCUCAACCGCACCAAGUGCUCCAUCGACAGGAACCUCUUCCAGCCGUUGAUCGCGCGUGGGUUCCAACCGGUCGUGUUCGCCCUCGGUGAGAUGGACGCCAACGCUGGAUUGUACCAGGAGGUGCUCGGGGAGAAGGCGUUACCUGCCGGGGUGACGCUUGGAGGCCUGGAGGUGAUAUCCAGGCCGCAGGUGGCGUUCCCACGGAAUGAACCCGUCGCGGGUGAGGUAUCCAUCCCCCACUCGUGCUACGAGGCUCUGCGUAAGAAACCCAUGCGGUGGUACCACUCAGGGGGAGGAUCGGAGAAAGACUCGAAGAACACGUUGUACGGCGCUGAGGUACUUUCGCAGCUGUACUACAGGGCCAAGGUUGACGUGAUGCGCGUCGAGUGGGAGAAGGACCAGGGUAAGAAGUUUGAGUGGGUCGUGAACGCUCGACCGGAUAACAUCUACGUCAACGCCCUCCCGGAUCUCACGUCUCUGCCCGCGGACGGCACCGUGUACGUCCCGAGCUGGGGACACGGGUUCGAUCCAAAGUCUUCCUCAAAGGUGAAACGACGGGCGGGUCUGAACGACAGGUUCGCAUUCGGCGGCGCGGAUGCCAUGAGCUCGUACCACGACUUGUACAAUCGUCUGUGCUCGGAAACAAACACCAUCGCGGAUGCGCGGAUGCCCCCUAAGAUGAACUUCGAGCAGAUGAUGUGGUGGUACCUUGCCAGAGAAGAUGUGGCCCGGACGGUGAGCCGCGUGAGAUCCAUCCCGGGCGAGUUCUGGUUCCUUCGGCUCAGGCACGGCCCGACGAGCACGUGGCCGCUCGAGCACCCGGGCCACCUUCCGCCGCUGGUGAAGGAUUGGCCGGAGGAUAAACGUUGGGAGGUUUGGAGCGCCGCGGCGAGGCAGACGUGGAGUUGCGACGGGGGACGAGCAGCGGAGCAGGGGGAGUGUUGGCUCCGGCUCAGCGCGGAGAGCAGGGCGGGUUCGACGUGGUGGCGGUGGGCGGUUUCAAAGUUUUGGAAAUCCGCCGCAAACAGGGCGUCGCCGGGGGGCGCGUUGGAUAACCUUUUCAGGCGCCGAUGCGGGCUACUCGAGGCGUGA